CCUUAUUGUCUUUCUCUCUCCUCUGCAAAUUCACCAUAAGAAGAGAAUCAGAACCUUUUCUCACUCUAAACCCACCUUUUUUCUCUCUACAUAUCUCCUCAUUUCCCACCUAAAAAACCAUUCACUCUCCCUUACUCCGCCGUCCUCCACGGCCGCCGGAAACUCAAGCGGUAAAUCAACCACGCCGGCGCCGAUUUAUUAUUUAUUGUUGUCGGUGUUGUAUUCUGUUUGUGUAAUUUUUUUGGUUAUUUUGGCUGUAGAAAUGUGUUUCAGUUUUAUGAAUUGAUGAGUAUUUAUAUAUGUAUAUAUGUGGAAGUACCGAGGUUUUCGUGGAUUAUUUGUGUUUAAUUUUCUGGACUGUUAUGACUACUUUUUUAUUCGGCUUUUAUUUCGGAUCUCUGUGACUUGCAUAGUGUUUGUUUGGUACUUUCUUUUAGGGCUUUUUUAUGGACUGUUAUGACUGGGUUUCCAAUUCAAUUAAUCCCCCCCCGCCCCCAUAAAGUGGCAGAUGAAAUCGACUUUAGUUUCUGUUUUUGUGUUCUUAGGUUUUCGUUUCGUUUUUAAAAAAUUUAUUUUUCUGUGGUGAAAUUAAUCUUCGCGGAGUUAUAUGGAUUGUGUGAGCUGUAUUUAUUGCAUAUGGUACUUUUGCGCUGUUAUUAAUUAGUGUUUUUGAGAUUAAUCACUGUUUUACCUGAUUUGCUAAUGGAGGAGUUUCAUUGAAGUUAUGUUUGGUCUGAGGCUUUGCAGUGCGCGUCCUCUGUGGAUCACAAGUGUUGUGUUGGAAAGGGAGGUAUAUUUGGAAAAUUAUGAUCCUAAAUUGUCAUUGUGGAGUGAAUUUUCUGGUGUUGUCAUUGAUGUGUGACUCUUAGCCGCCUUAGAACUUCACAUUUUGUACCUAAGAAAGCAUGGGUUCAGCUUGUUGUGUUGCUGCUAGAGAUAGAGCGGUUAUAAAUGGAUCGACCAGUGAACAUUUACAGAGCAAUGUCCGAUACUCGCCUUCAUGGAGCUUUCGCUGGGAUAAUCGAGGACGGGUUGCUGGCGAGGAGACAUCAGUCAAUUGGUCUUCUGAUGGAGUUGGUGGAACCGAUAGAUUAGAGUUUAAAUCUGGAACAACUGUAGAAACCCUAUAUGCAUCUGAAGAGGGUAGUCCAUUGGAUAGUUUUCGAUCACUUGCAUUGCCGAAGUCACCAGCUUCUGACUGCAACACGGGGAACUCGACACUUCCUCUAUCUGAUCCAUCGGUUGUGAGAAGUUCCACAGAGGUCAAAGAAUCAUUUGAACCAUCAGCAGUUCCCUACUCCUCUCCUGUAAAGCUCUCUCCAUCAGCUCCCUCUGUUUCAUCAGUAUCUACAUCUCCUUUAUCAUCAAAAAGUCGGCUGCUUCCUGCCAGUUCUACUCCUUUGCCUCAAUAUUCUUCCGGCCACCAGCUGGGCCGGCGAGUUUCUGAGAGUCAUAUACCAGGAAUAAAGUCACCUACAUUCUCAAUUUCUGAAGAAUCACCAUCCUUCAUGCUCCCUGGUUGGAGUAAUGAAUCAACCAGGGGCUCCAUUGGUGGAUCAUCAGAUGGAUGGUCUGUUCCUGGCUUCUCUGACCUACUUGCCAAUCCUCGUAGAGAUAGGUGGUCAUUUGAUAGUGAAUCCAUGGGUUUCCAUCGUGACAAGGUGAGCAGAGCUGGUGGUCGAAGUUCCAGUUCACCUUCUAUAGAUCUCCAAACCUGUGGCAUUUGUACAAAGCUGUUAACAGAGAGAGCAUCAUGGUCCUCAAAUGAACUUGCUGUUGUUUCUGUACUAAUUUGUGGCCAUGUUUUCCAUGCUGAGUGUUUGGAGAGUAUGACUUCAGAAAUCAACAAGUAUGAUCCAGCCUGUCCUGUUUGUACUUUUGGGGAGAAGCAGGCAUUGAAGAUGUCUGAAAAAGCAAUGAAAAGUCAGAUGGACUUGAAAGCUCGAAAGAGAUUCAGAAAUCGGGUUGUUGACAGUGAUUUUAACGGCAAUCUUAUUCUAUUUGAUCGUCAGAAAAGUAGUGGACAUAGUGGAAGGUGUCCCAAGAUGAGCUCAAGUUCCAGCAUGAAGAGCUCUUCAGGAAAGCCCUUCUUGCUGCGUCAUUUUUCCUUUGGUUCAAAGGGGACAAAAUCCUUUUCGGAGAGCUCUUCUUCCAGGAAGAAGGGUUUUUUUUGGGCAAGAUCUAGCAAGGAGUAACGCUUGGUGGAUGAUAAAUGGUGCCGCAGGUCAGCUCUCUCCCCUUGUAAGGAUAGUAGAGACGUGUAAUAGCGUCAGGAUCUUGCUGGCGGAUAUGGAUUCCCAUAAUUUAGGUUAGGUUCUGAAGUAUACAAUGUAAGAAAUUGGGAUACAAGUUGAAUGAUCAAUUCAUGAUAUAGGAAAGGAGAAAAAAAAAGUAGUAUCAGCUGGUAGUUUUUUCAUUGUGUACAUUCAAAUUUGGUUUGUUCCUUGUCAAGGGCAUGGAAUUAUCCCUCAAGACUUUUGUAUGCUCUUAAAUGCUUCUCCCUUAACUUGCAGCAAAUAUCUUGACAA